UCUCCCCUCCAUAUAUGUACGUCAGACAUACCUUGCAUACAUUCCAAUUCCUUGCAUCAACAUCAUCCCUAUUUUGAACAUCUGGGGUUUCAACCGUCACUACGCCCCGCAGUCGAGAGAUCUAUCUUCGCCCAAGUGCUGUGCUCGCCCAAGAUGUCUUCAACUACUAUCCAGAACGUUGCCAACAACGACACCCUCUCCAAGCGCAGACGCUUCCAACCGCCCAUCACAUCCUUCUUUUCCUCUCCAGCAUCCAACGAGAACACCCCUCCUCACUUAUCCCACAACCACUACUCCGCCCGGACCAACUCCCCCACCCCCGCCGUUCCUGACAAGGUCCAAGCCUCACUGAUGUCAGUGGGUAUGCGUGUCCGCAAGUCCAUCGCAGAAGGAUACAAGACUCUGGGCGCCAAAAAACUCGAAAAUUCCGUCUACGCGGACCAGGAUCAGAAACCCCGAUACCCCAGCAGCCAUGCUGAACUGGCUCCUUUCGGCGGUAUGUUCAAACCAGGCGACAAUGCCGUUCAGCCUCUGUAUCAGCCAUCAUAUCAAUCAAGCGAUUCUCCGGAUAUCAUUACCGACGAGAACGAUGCUUUUUCUCUCCCACCGAGCAGCCAAGAAUCCGCCGCGUCCUUCGCACCCCUCAAACGGUCAUUUGAUGAUGACAUUGACGAACUCGAGGAUGAAGAUGAACAGACCUACCAGGACACAAAUUUGAGCCACGGUCGCACCAUUCUUACACCGACUUUGGGAAACCAAAGACGACGGUUCAUCGCCAUGGAAUACCAGAACAAAAUGGACCUAGAUGAUUUUGAAGAGCCAUCUUUCCUUCGAAGACGGGAAGAGGUCGACUCUGAUUAUACACCGAAAGCAACUGACAGCUAUGAUAUUGGAACGGGUGGUGCUAUCUUCCGUUGAACAAAAAGCUCUUGCUUACUUUUGUCCUUGCGAAUCAUGCCUUUUGCGUCGUACGUAUUUGGUGUCACUGGCCGGUUUCCCGUGAACGAAAAGUGAUUCGUUUUUUCCUCGUUUCUAUAUAUGUGUGUAUGCUUUAUUGGGAUAUUGAUUUUGGGUUGGAUUGGUUUAUCAAGGCGAUGAUUAUGUGUGCAAAUACCCCGAGGCUGGUUUAUGAUAUCUUGUUACUUUAUCCUGUUACAUUAUUUUUCGC